AGCCCUUCUUCGCCUCCCCCUUCCUUCCAUCCCUCCUCAGGCUGCCUCUCAGCAAGUGGCCGAGAAAGAUAGUGUUCCUUGAGGUGCAGUCUUGGAAACUUCCUGAGAAGCAAAAGAAAGUGCAAGAAGCAACCAAUGACGGAGUGGAUGCUCCGCUAUCCAGAUGCCCCGAAAUGCCUUUUCUGGACUGGUUCCUCUACCAUUCGGUUGCCAUGUGGUUGCUCCUCCACAGUUUUGUUCUAAUGGGCUUUUGCUUCCACUCGGCUACUACCUUUCCCAAGGGCUGCUACCCCUCCACUGAAGAUGGCUUCAAGACUUUCCGGUGCAGCAGAGCUCAGCUUACAAUUAUCCCAAAAGAUAUCCCUAACGAUACCAAUAAAUUGUACCUGGAUUACAACCAGAUUUCUUUCCUGCCCAAUGACGCUUUUCAAAAUUUACCACUUCUGAUGGAACUAGACUUGUCACACAAUGUCAUCAGUCGCGUGGAGGUUGGAGCCUUCCGGGGUUUGUCAGAACAUCUGCAUUCCUUGGACCUCUCUUCAAACAAACUAGUGUCAGUCAACAAGGAUGUCUUUAACUCCCUCAAAGCCAAAGCCAACCUAUCCAGCAAUCCUUGGCUCUGUGAUUGCACACUCCAGCAACUCAUUGAGAGGGUUGAGUUGGUCGCUGGCACCUCUGACGGUAUUGUGUGUGAUGCCUCUGCCCGAAAGGAGUACAUUGGCAAACCUUUCCUACAGUUAGUGGGGGACAUAGACUUCUGCAACAUCUACAAAAAGACCACAGACAUCGCCAUGCUGGUCACCAUGUUCGGCUGGUUCGCCAUGGUGAUCUCAUACUUGAUCUACUAUGUCAGGCAGAACCAAGAAGAUGCCAGACGGCACCUAGAAUAUCUCAAGUCUUUGCCCAGCAAGCAGAAGAAGUCAGAAGAAUCAUCCACAAUUAGCACUGUGGUGUGACCAAAAAAC